AGUGCCGCCAGUCGAACGCACCGCUGACGGUGGAAAGCGCAACGCACGCGCAACUCUCGUAAAAAUCAAAGAACUAAAAACCAACCAAAAUCCCCAGUGAUAAUGUGCAGUUGAAAGUCUAAAUAUAAAACAGAACAAUCCUUAAAAACACACACGCAUAAAGAACACCCAACCAUGGUCAUGGAGAUGUCCAAAACCUAUCAGUACCGCAAGGUGAUGAAGCCCCUACUGGAACGCAAGCGACGGGCCAGGAUCAACAAGUGUCUGGAUGAUCUCAAGGAUCUGAUGGUGGAGUGCCUGCAGCAGGAGGGCGAGCAUGUGACCAGGCUGGAGAAGGCCGAUAUCCUGGAGCUCACCGUGGAUCAUAUGAGGAAGCUGAAGCAGCGCGGAGGUCUCUCCCUGCAGGGGGUGAUCGCCGGCAACAGCCCACCCACCUCCACCAGCACCGCCCACGUGGAGUCCUUUCGCUCCGGCUACGUCCAUGCAGCCGAUCAGAUUACACAGGUCCUGCUGCAGACGCAGCAAACCGAUGAGAUUGGUCGCAAGAUAAUGAAGUUCCUAUCGACGCGACUAAUUGAGCUACAGACGCAGUUGCUCCAGCAGCAGCAGCAGCAACAAGUACCGCCAGCAUCAGGACAUUUGGGAUUCCCAUUACUCGGUGGUUAUGGACCGGCGGCCGCCGCUGCCGCCAUUAGUUACAGCUCCUUCCUGACCAGCAAGGACGAACUGAUCGAUGUCACUUCGGUCGAUGGCAACGCGUUAUCCGAGACGGCGUCAGUGAGUUCGCAGGAGUCCGGCGCCUCGGAGCCCGUCUGGAGGCCCUGGUAAUUGGGCCUACGCCUGCCCAAAUCUAGACCUUAUCCUUAACAUUAUAAUCGCAAACCCAAAAAAAAAAUAACUGCAACAAGAUCCGUUGUCUUCCAAAGUAAAUCAUAACAACCUGAGUUAAUUGAGGUCGAUUUUCCCUAAUCGAUUUCUAAAUGGUUUUGAAAUACUUUUAGUCUUAGUUCCGAUAAUGGUAAUUUGUAAAUUGUUUGUUUUAUUUCAAACUGUGAUAUCACUAAAGUACGAUGAUCAAUCAAUCAGUGAGUAAAGAUAUAUAUUCGAGUGCGCUAUUUUCCUACUGCAAGACGCUUCCUAAGUUCAUUAGUUCGUUGCGCUCUCUUCAUUGUUUAGAUGCCUAACUUAAGCUUUAAAUAAUUUAUAAAUGUUAAUUUAUGUUAAGUUGAGAACGAGAAAUCAAAAAAUUGA